AUGGACACGAUCAAAGACGAUUCAGUCGGCCUGAGCAAUGAUGAGAGUAGACUCAUCAGCCUCGGCCACAAGCCGGAGCUGAAGCGAACAUACAAUUUCUGGAGCUUGAUGGCAUAUCAGACCACCAUUUUAUGCUCGUGGAGUUGCAACAUUGUCAUGUUCUAUUACAUCUUUACCCUUGGUGGACCGGUCUGUCUUGUCUGGGGAACCGUGGUGGUCACGAUCGGACAACUUCUAGUGAUGGCAUCCCUAGCUGAAUACUGCUCCAUCUGGCCUACGGCGGGAGGCCAACAAUUCUAUACCCAGGUUGUUGCCCCGGAGAGUUCACGGCGCUUUCUAUCGUACCUAGUCGGCUGGUGUGUUCUGGUAGGAGAAAUAUCCACAGCCAGCUCCUGCGCCUUAAACAGUGCAGAAAUCGUGGGGGCUCUCGUGGAGAUCAUACAUCCAGAUGUCGACUGGAAGCCUUACAUGACCUGGCUCAUCUAUACGGGUUUCCUUGUUGCCCCUGCACUGUCGAAUUUACUCCCAAGAUAUCUUCCGGCCUUGCAAAUCUUCGGUGCAUUCUUCAACAUCUCAAACGCGCUCAUCUGGACAAUCGUUUUUCUCGUCCUGGCCGACAAGAAUAGCUCCAAAUUUGUCUUCACAGAGUUUCUCAACACCUCAGGCUGGACCUCCAAGGGUUGGGUCUUUAUCCUGAGCAUGUACGUUCCCAUCUACGGUCUCUACGGAAGCGAUGGUGUGAUGCACUUGGUCGAAGAAAUGAAAAAUGCUUCACGUGAUGCUCCUAGAGUCAUGGUGUGGUCCAUGGUUUGGGCUGGUGUUACUGCCUGGCUGUCGGCCAUCGUGAUGUGCUAUACCGUAGGCCCCAACUGGGAAAAUUACCUCGAAGCCACCUCCUCCUAUGUAGAAUGGUUUAUGGAUGUGCUGAACUCGACCUACGGUGGAGGAAUAUGGGUUGCUAUCAUGAUGAUGGGCCUGAAUUACCUGAUCAUUGUCAACAUGAACACUGCCGGUUCUCGUCUCGCAUGGUCGAUGGCUCGCGACAGAGCCUUCCCCUAUUCGGACUAUUUUGCCCAAGUCAACAAACGAUUCCAGAUGCCCCUCCGUGCGAUGAUGGCGUUUAUCGUGUUAAAUCUCCUGACCGGCCUCCUCGUACUGGGCAGUUCGCUGGCUUUUUAUGCCAUCAUUUCGGGAGGUGGCGUCGCGUUGCAGGUGUCUUACUGCGUACCGAUUCUGUGUGUGGUUCUGCGAGGCCGUCACCACCUGCCACCGCGACCGUACUUCGACCUCGGCCGAUGGGGCUACGCUGUCAAUAUUACGGGUCUGCUCUGGAGUAUCAUCGUGGUUCUGUUCUAUGUCUUCCCGCAGUACGUUCCCGUCGUGGGUGAGAUAGCGAACAUGAACUGGGCGAUUGUCAUCCUCGCGGGGGUGGUGGUCUUUGGCGGCGUAUACUGGCUUUGGAAAGGCCGACACGAAUACCUUGUUUUCAGCAACUCCAUCCUCGAUGACAAUGUUGUUAUUCACGGAGAAGCUGUUGUCGCUGGCCGGGACGCUGCUGCCAGCUUUGGGCGAUCUCCGCCCGAAAAGAGGCUCGAUCAUUAG